AUGCGCUUUACAGAUGAUCAAGUUGAGCGUUUAGGUGGUAACAUUGACAAGUUGCUUAGCGAGAUAACUCUGGUUAAUGAGCAUGGGCAACCGCCGCUUGUUGCGCCUGCUUGUACCAUGGGUGUAACCGAUAAUAAGAAGACGGUCAUUUUAAAAACCAAGGGAGUCAGAAACUUGAAUGAACCAGAACCGGCCACAAGUGAAGAUCUUUAUGCGUUUUUCUCUUGUACCAAGUCGAUUACUGUAAUGGGCGCAUUGAUCUUGUACGAAAGGGGACUAUUGGAGUUGGACAUCCCAAUCACCAAAUAUUUUCCAGAAAUGGGUAAUAUUGGUGUAUUGGAGCCAGGAAUUUUAGAUAAAAAGACAGGAGAGUAUUUGCGGCCACCGAAAGCACCCAAGACUCCUAUAACUGCGAGGCAUUUAAUUACCCACACCGCGGGUUUCUCCUACGGGUUCAUACACCCAGACUACUUUACCUUAAUCACCAAGGGCGAAAAAUUGGAUCCAAUCGAUCCAAGCAUGGAAUUUUUUUUCAAAAAGACGCCCUUGGUUCAUGAACCGGGAAGUGCUUGGAUGUAUGGUCACAGUAUUGAUUGGCUAGGGUUCAUUAUUGAAAAAAUCAGCGGCGUCAAGUUGAGCACAUUCUUGAAAAGAGAAGUGUUUGAUCCAAUCGGAAUGAAUAGUUGUACAUUCCAAAAAAAGACUUUUGAGAAUCUUGUACGGGUUCAUUACAGGAAACAAGACGAGUCGCUCAAGUUACAGGAGAGAUUCUCAUUGAGCUUGGAUCCAAAAUUGGAUUUAGGAGGCCAGGGAUGUUUUGGCACGGUUGGCGAUUAUUUGAAGUUUAUAAGGGUUUGGUUGAAUUUUGGAUUUAGUCCCGAUAGUGGUUUACGUAUACUUUCGGAAUCAACAGUAAAGUAUGCCAUUAGAAACCACUUGCCAGAAACUAUUAAUUUAGAGUUCAUCGGGCUCGCCCAUAAUUUUGUUGACGAUGAUGAUGACGACGACGAUGGCAAAGUGGAAAAAAAACUAGAUGGCUGGACAUUAACGGGAAAUGCUUAUUGCUCAAACGACCUUCCUACAGGUAGACCAAAGGGCUCAAUAUACUGGGGCGGUUUAGCAAACUUGAGUUACUGGAUAGAUUUUAAAAACCAAAUUGGCGGGUUCUAUGCAGUUCAAGUUUUGCCAUAUAUGGAUGAGUCCAAUAUCGAAUACAUUCAAAAAUUCGAAUCGGAAGUUUACAAAGUUGUUGAUGAGAAUAAGAACACACUGAAUGCAAAGCUUUGA